AUGUUAAGCAGGAGCUGUAGGGUGUUAGUUGAGUGUCAUCACAGAUUUGUAUCCACGCAAUCGGGAAGCAGUAAGAAAACUGUUGGUCGGGAUGGUAGUGGAGUGGUCGAUCGUCGGCGAGCUGCUCAGUUUGUAGAUGCGCUUAAGAAGGGACCUUCGUUUGAGGAUUUUGUGAGUGGACGGGCGGCAGAAUUUAUUAUCGAUCCGUUGGAGCAGGCACGGCAGAAUUCGAAGGAUGACACUACUAAGUUGCCGGAGUGGUUGAAGGUGCCAAUUCCCAAAGGUCAGAACUUCCAUAGGUUGAAGCAAGAUGUGCGUGACUUGAAGUUGAGUACGGUGUGUGAAGAAGCGCGGUGUCCUAAUAUUGGAGAAUGCUGGGGCGGAAAAGAUGCGUCGAAUGCUACGGCUACGAUCAUGCUGCUUGGGGAUACAUGCACGAGAGGAUGUAGGUUUUGCUCUGUUAAGACUAGCCGGCGUCCUGGUAAGCCAGAUCCCAUGGAGCCAGAAAACACUGCGGCGGCAAUUUCGCGAUGGGGACUUGGGUAUGUUGUUUUGACUACUGUAGAUAGGGAUGAUCUACCUGAUGGUGGUGCAUACCAUUUGGCAGAAACUGUGCAGAAGGUUAAACAGAAGGCCCCACAAAUUCGUGUGGAGACAUUGUCUGGAGAUUUUAGAGGGGAUCUUGCCAUGGUUGAUGUGAUGGCCACUUCUGGAUUAGAUGUAUAUGCUCAUAAUUUGGAAACUGUCGAAGCCUUGACGCCACAUGUUAGGGAUAACCGUGCUACUUAUAGACAAUCCCUGGGUGUUUUAUCAAGAGCUAAGCAAACCGUCCCAGACCUGGUAACUAAAACCUCAUUGAUGCUGGGACUUGGUGAAACUGAUGAACAAGUACUACAGACCUUGAAGGACCUGCGUGAAAUUAAUUGUGACAUUGUCACGUUCGGUCAGUACAUGAGACCUACAAAGAGGCAUAUGAAGGUUGUGGAGUAUGUAAGACCUGAAAAGUUCGAAUACUGGAAAAACAAAGCACUAGAGCUGGGUUUCCUGUAUUGUGCUUCUGGUCCGUUAGUAAGAUCAUCCUACAAGGCAGGAGAAGCCUUUAUUGAAAAUAUCCUCAAGAAAAGAGCGGCCAAGGAGACAACCAAUUAG